CUCACUACUAUAUAUAUCUGAAGAAGUGAAGUUAGCUCAAAAAAAAAACCUUCACUUCUCUACCAGAAAGUUUCUUCCUUUUUCUUUCUAGAAUCUUCCAUGGAUUCUAAAGAAACACACCAACAGCAGCAGAAUCGCAACGCCGCCGCUGCGUUAUCGGGUCCUAUCUCCACUUCUCAGGCCAUGCAGCACCGUUCAUCUGUCGGGGCUCUCUCUCUUCGCCAGCCUCAACAACUGCCCAUGCUCGCGGGAUCGCCUUACUACGUCGUCGAUAACCAACAUCCGUCGAUCGAGCAACGAGGACGAGGAAGGCCGAGGAAGUACGCUCCUCCUGAUGCUAACUCAUCAGCAGGUUCAGGCCCACCUGCUAAACGGGGCAGAGGUCUUCCUCCUCCUCCUGCCUCCGGCAAUAACCAGCGCCGCAACAACGCUUUAGGAGGAGAAGGAGAAGAAGACGAAUCGAUUACAGCUCAUAUCAUUAACGUCAAUGCUGGAGAGGACAUAGCUAUGAAGUUAGUGGCGUUUAUGAAUCAAGAACCACGCGAGCUCUGUGUUCUCUCAGCUUCAGGUACUGUAUCUUGUGCGGUGCUUCAAUCUAAAACUCCUCUUGGAGUUGUUAAGUAUGAGGGCCUAUAUCUUAUCACUGAUAUGUCGGGUACUUUCUUGAAUACCGAGAGUUAUGAUGGGGCUACUGUGACCAGAACUGGUAACUUGAACGUGUCUCUAGCUGGCCCUGAUGCCAAGAUUUGGGCGGGUCGUGUUGGUGGAAUGCUUGUAGCUGGUUCAGAAGUCAAGGUCAUUCUUGGAAUCUUUGGACCGGAGAGAGUGAAACCGAGCGAAGCUUCUUCAGAACCAGCCAAUGUGUUGAGCUUAAGUGGUGGUGGACCAGGAUUCCCUCAGUCUCAGGGACCACAAUGCUCAAGCGAGUCAUCAGAGGAAAAUGCUAGUACAUCUCUUGGAAACUCUACGCCACACCAUCUUUCCCUCUGGCCUGGCAACAAUCCUCAAUAGGCAAAUCGUUCAUGGGUCGUGGCUCACUGCGGGUGUUUUCUUCUCUGUUCCAUCAGAAUUGUUCAUAAGUAGAUUGAUCUUUCUUACUCUCUUUGUCUUCUUCUUGUUCAUACCUUUCUUCAAUGUAGCUUUGGUUUUACAUAAAUAGAAAGAUAGAAGAGAGAGACGAGAGGUUUUAAAGUAGGGUUGAGUUCAUAUGUUUAGUUUCUUUUGAUUCUGUAAUCAACG